AUGCGACUUGUGAAACAUGACGGCCACGGCAGCUUCGAUCUUACCAAGGAUCUGUUCGACGAUAUCCCCCCUUAUGCCGUCCUCUCACAUACAUGGGGGGAGGAUGAGGAUGAAGUGACAUUCGACGACUUGGAAAAGGGGACAGCUGCGAGCAAGUCCGGCUUUGAAAAGCUUCAAUUCUGCGCGAAGCAAGCAGCAGACGACCAUUUAGAGCAUUUCUGGGUGGAUACAUGUUGUAUUAACAAAACUGACAGCACCGAGGUCACAUACGCCAUAACAUCAAUGUUUCGUUGGUAUCGCGAUGCAGCUAUGUGCUACGUGUAUCUGUCAGAUGUCACAGCUAGUACUCAGGACAGCGCUAAUGAUCAAGACUGCUGGGAACUCUUCCGAAAAAGCAGAUGGUUCACACGAGGCUGGACACUGCAGGAACUUCUUGCACCAAAGUUUGUCAAGUUUUACUCGCGAGAGGGAAUCUUCUUAGGCCAUAAAACGGCACUUCAGGCGAUCAUCCACGAGAUCACGUCUAUUCCAGUUACAGCUUUACGUGGAGUGCCCUUGUCUGAAUUUUCCGUUGACGAUCGCCUACAGUGGGCGGCAGGGCGCAGCACUAAACGAGUAGAGGACAAAGCCUACUGCCUCCUUGGAAUAUUCGAAGUUUUCAUGCCUCUUAUCUACGGAGAAGGAGAGAACGCGCUGCAUCGACUGAGAGAGCAGAUUGGCAAGCCUUCGAUAACAACCGACUACGAAUCGCGAAAGCGCCAGGAACUCCUCGAAGUUCUUCCAUGGCUCAAAUUCAAUAUCAAGCACGAGAAAGUCUAUGAUGAGUGUCUUGCGGGAACAGGACAGUGGUUUUUAAAAUCACCAACAUUUGUGAUCUGGCUGGAAAAGCAGGGCGGGCUUCUUUGGUGCCCAGGGAUACCCGGGGCGGGCAAGACUGUGCUGGCCUCACUCGUCGUGGAGGAGCUCCAACAAAUUUGCAGCAGCAGGAACCGUCACGCCGUUUGCCACAUCUAUUUUGACUACGACCUUCGCCACGGACAGCACUCGGCAGCAGUGGCUGGCGACCUCCUUGCCCAGUUGCUACACAAACUACCAACGAUACCGACAGAGAUCCGCGACAGGUUAGAGACUCUUCGGCGCUCCUCUGUGCAGUCCACAAAGCGUGAGUAUCUCACAAUGCUUCGCCUUGCUUCCAAAUCGUUCAACAAGGUUUUCAUUGUGGUGGAUGCAUUAGACGAAUGUACAGAGUAUACCCACCGAACCUUGGUGAAUGAUUUCCAGAACAUCGGCCCACACGUCAGUAUCCUCGUUACAUCGCGGCCGUGGGACAGUAUCGGCAGGAUAUUUGACGGCAGCGACCAACUCAGAAUUAGCGCGGCCAAGAUUGAUAUGGAGGCCUAUAUCCGUCGCGAACUUCAAGAUAAUAUUGAGCUGUCAGAUAUUAUUGACGAGGAUCCUGGAUUCGCGGAAAAGAUCGUCGCAAUGGUACUGGACAGGGCACAAGAUAUGUUUCUCAUCGCCUCACUGUACAUGCAGUCCCUUGUUCCAAUCGCUGGCAAGGACAAGAUCAUCGAUGCGUUGCAGAUCCUGCCAAAGGGGCUCGAUAUUACCUAUGGUCGAGCUCUCGACAGACUACAAGCGCAGGCAAUAUCGGCACAAAAGCUUUGUAUCAAAAUUCUUGCGUGGAUCUCGCUUCCAUGCAGACCUCUUACUCUAAGUGAGAUGCGCCACGCUUUAAGCAUAGAUCGGGACCAUUACCAUCUCGAUGAGAGUCUCCAUGUUCCCACGGUGCACAGUUUGGCCUCGGGUUGCGCAGAUUUGGUCACGGUUGACAGAGCUGGGGACAAGAUCGACUUGGUUCACCACACAGUUAGGGAAUAUCUCACUACGCAUGUCUGUCAUAUCUUGCCAAAUCCGCAUCUUCAGAUGGCGAAAACCUGCCUUACCUAUCUCUCGUUUGAAGAGCCCGACGUUGCAAGGGACAAGGAUGCGUUACUCCGAAGUCGGCCCUUCGCCGGUUAUGCAGGUCGUUACUGGGGUCAUCAUGCCUGGAUGGCAUAUCAUCGGGAAGCAGAUGUACCUCUUGAAGCAGAUGUUCGUAGCCUUGCUCUAUCACUGCUACAGCAAGACUCUCGGACCGCCGAUGUAUUUAUGUUGGAGCCGACUGAUCAGGAUUCAUCUGAUGCGGAUCUACAUCGUGGCUACAUCAAGAGAGAAGGUCCAAAAGGUCUCCAUAUAGCGGCACACUUUGGUUUGAGAGUACUCGUUGUGGCUCUCCUGGAGAAUGGUGCUGGUGUCAAUUGUCGAGACGCGAACGGCAACACGCCACUUCAUUAUGCCGCUUGGCAGGGAAGCUAUGGUACUAUUCAAUAUCUGAUCCACAAAGGCGCCGAUGUGUCAUUAGAGAAUUCGAAGAGGGCCAGCCCUUUGCAAUGUGCAGCUGUCAACGGGCAGAGAGACAUUGUAAGAUUGCUUUCCGACCAUGGCGCCAACAUCAACUACAAUUCUUCUGUAAGCGAUGCUACACUGCCAGCUUUACAUGAAGCAAUUCUGCACGACCAGCCAGAUGUCGUUGACGAACUCCUUUCAUUAGGGGCAGAUAUUGAGUUCAUCUCCAACAAACAACAUGAGUUCAAGUCGCCACUAUCGUGCGCCUGCUCGAGGCACCGCGCCAAAUGUUUAUCCUUGCUGAUCAAGCACUCUGUCUCCAUUGAAGGCGAAAAAGGGCGCCAGGCUCUCUCACAGGCAAUUCCACGGCACUACUUUGACGACAAUGCUUGCUAUAUUGAAACGCUGAGAGUCAUCUGCUCCUCAAGCAUUGAUCUUAACCAGGAUCUCGAAGCUGGUUUCUACGCCCUUGACCUCGCCCUCCAAUUCUCGCACGGAACCGUCAUCGAGCAACUUCUCAACGCAAAUGCUCGCAAUGGCCAGCCAUGGUACAGCAAUCAGCCCGCCAUCGAACGAUGGGCGAGGCGUUCUUGGUUUCCGAAGCUUACUAGCCUGUGCUCAAGCGCCCAGGAUUCCGACAUGAGCUGCGACGCUCUCCAGCCUACCUCCUUCACAAGAUUGAAAGAUCCUUCGGCAGUCUGCGUUGUCUCUAGGAUCAUCCCAGACGAUGACAUGACCGAUCUCUACAGUCCAUAUCCAAGACCCCUUUUCUACCCCGACGCACAUCGAAUCACUGACUCAACUCUUUGGAAGACCACGCCGUGUUACAUGACCGUCACUGUACCGGAGAACUUUGUUCGCGUCAGCCAAGUCAUCAUAACCACGGAGUCUCACGAUCAAGGUUCGAGCCUCUCCACACUACACUGUGAGCCUUAUGCUUACCUCUUGACAGGCUUCAAUAUCCACGAAACCGAAGCUGCAAGCCACGGGUCUAGCUACAGCUGGUUGGAUGUCGCCUUCAUGUACCAUCAGCACCCUCGACAUCCGAUCUGGAUGGAUCGACUUUACUUUAAUGUUCGCUUCAAGUCAGACUGGACAACGCACAUUUCCGUAUUGGAGACCGAGGAUCCAAAGGACGAUGCGGAUUGGGCGCGGGCUGAUGCGGUAUGGAACCUCCGAGCUGGUGACCAUAUAAUCCUUUACGCCAGAGCUGCCCAUGAGAGUUGGCAGAAUCACCUGCGCAUGGCUAAGAUUGAGAUCACUGGCUUGGAAAAGAAACCUGAGACUGAAAAGUGA